AUGUCAACUAGUAAUUCCCUCUACACUGGCACCCACAUCUCCAUCGGCCCCCACAAGCUGUACCUGCAUCUGCACGGCCCACCCCGCACCACCCAGCCUCUCACUAUUGUCCUCGCCGGCGCCGGCGAUGUUUCUUCCAGCUACACCGCUGUAAUCCGCUUAUUGAGCCCAUUCGCCCCGUGUCUGGUCUACGACCGCACCGGUCUCGGGCGCAGCGAUGCCCCAGACCAAGAUACCAGCUACAAUGCCAGCGCGACUCUCGCCGCAUCAGAACUGCAUACCCUACUUACCAACGCAGAGCUCUCACCACCGUAUAUCCUAGUGGGACACUCAUACGGCGCUAUAAUCGCGAGGGAGUACCUCCACCUUUACUCAGAUGAUAUCAGCGGGAUGGUACUCGUUGAGGGAUCAACAGAACAUCAGUACACACUGUUCGAAGAUAACCCCAACCUGGAUUGUGAUAUUGCUGCCAUACAGGGAGAGAUAAACUUCGCUACGGUGACGGGGUUACGUGAGAAUGCUAAGUUAUCUCGGGAGGAGUGGAGAGAGCGAGCGAGGGAUAUUGCACGGGGAAUGGGGAUGUGGGAGGCUGAGAGGGAGAAUCUGGUGGGGGUUUGUAGAGAGUUGGAGGGGAAGAGGCAGUUACAGGUGCAGGGAGGAGGGUUAGGGGAGAGGCCAUUGUCUGUGGUGGUGGGACGGGGAUGGGAGGAUUAUCAGAGGGUUUAUGAGAGGGGAGUAGAGAUGGGGAAUGGGAGUGACGAGCAGAGAGAGGCGGUUAGAAGGUUCCUGGGGAGAUGUGAGGAGGUGGUGGGGGAGUGGCAGAGGGAACAGUUGAGGUUGUCGAGGAGAGCGAGGUUGGUCGAGGUGGAUUGUGGACAUCAGGUGCAUUUGGUGAGGCCGGAUGUAGUGGUGAAGGAGGUGAGAUGGGUGUUGGAGAUGAUUGAGAGAAGUAGUAAGGCCACCGAGAAAUUCUCAGCAGAGUAUAACUGCGAGACACAGAAGCCUCCCCCCACCAUUCCCAAUCAGGAAACCCCGGGCUUGGCGCCAUCGCAAUUCCAGCGAAAGCGACUUGCUUUUACUGCUUUCUUCUUCUCUUCUUCUCUUCUGCAACUCUCCACUGCCUUUCUGCUACGGCUUCUUCUCUCUUCCUAUCAUCUUCUCACCCUCAUCUUCUUCCGGUUCUCAUUCGCUGCAUCUCCCCUGCUGCGAGAACCCUUCAGAUCCACCUCUCAGUUAAUACGAGAGUUUACAAUAUCUUAA